GGUGCAACAUUAUGUGAGUUGGAGGAUUGGUUGGAUAAAUACCGGCCAUUGCAUUUGUCAGGCCCAUUAUUAAAAUCCUAUAUGUGUAUUAUAAAUUAUAACUGUGUGUGAUGGAUCAUCCAAGACCUGGGGGGGAGAGGUCAUUCAGACUAUGGGUUUGUGUAUUGCAUUUUAUUGGGGGUCUGGCUGUUUGUUUACAUCUCCUUUGAAGUCAAAGGCUUUUUUGAAGUCAUGCACUCUGGUCCCAUCAUAUAAUCAAACAGAUAAGGGGCCAGGAAGAGAGAAGACCCCCUGAUGGGAUCAGAAGGGGGGGGGAUCGAGUCUCCCAUCCAAAAAGGCAGAUAUAUAAUAUUUAACAAUGCUAGACUCAGUGUGUUCAAGGCUGUGCCCAAAGCUAACAGGACCAUCCGAAGAACAGCUGGACUCUCACUCUCAUGGACUGAUACCAUCAUGCUGCUUGCCAGCGUAGGAGACCAUGCAGAAAAUAGUCGGGCAUAGCGCAGCAAACAGGAAGGAUGAAGCAAAGCUUGGCAAGCUGGCUCCUCCUCCACUGCGCACAAGACGGACUUUGCAUACUAGCAUUGGGAACAAUAUCUAGAAAAGGGCUGGACUGAUUUUAAUAACAAAAAAAAAAGAUGAAGACUUCAAAAUAUUUAGCAGUUUUUUUCACCUUUAUUGCCUUCAACACCAUAAAUUGUGAAGAAACAAAUAUAAGGACAUCAGCCAGCAGUGAGGUGCCGCAGCCCAUCCAGAGACGAUAUUCAGAAGCUAUCCUAGCCAGUGACUACAGCAGAUCGGUCGAUAACAUGCUCAAAAAGAACUUUGUGGACUGGUUGCUCGGCAGAAGAGAGAAGAAAAGCGACAAUUUUUCUGACUUUGGCAAAAGACAGGUGGAUUUUCAGAUUCCAGACUUCACUAUGGACACGGACUCAAUGGAAGGCGCCGAAGGGAACAAGAAAUUUUUGCCUUGGGUCUUAAAAUACAAGCAGAUGAGCAGUGCUCAGAAUAACGUGAACACAGCGGUGUGUCAGCAAACCUUGGAUCUACUCAUGGCAAUGGAUUUAUGUAAUGCGAGAUUUCCCUAAUCAUUAUUGCCUCACCCAGUUCAGCACCGGUUGUCUGAGAGACAGUGAAAAUAUUUACAGCUUUAAUAUUCGGCCAGAAUUCAAUAUGUAUUCACAAAGCAAUAAAACAUUCAUAUAACAA